GUGACUGACUGGAUCAAGCUAAGAAUUUGUGUCCAUAACUGAGGGUCUUUUUAACGCACAAUGGAUUCUUCUCGGCCUCCAAAGAGGACCAACCCAAGACGUGAGGCGAAAGGCGGUCAAAGUGAGUUUAAAGCUCCCGGUCGCAAAGAUGCCUAUGCUCGACUUCUGAGCCAGCACCGCAGCAGCACCUUCACGAAGUUUCUGGAGCAAUAUGCCAAGGAGUCGUCCCUCCUUCGGGAAGAUAAUGGACCGCACACCCUACUUCAAGCCCAGAGUGACAAGAUGAGCAUACCUCAAGGAAAAAGGGACCUCGUAUCAAAUCAUCUCUCCGAUUCCAGUGACUUUUCCCCUUCUUCCUUAAAAGACAAAGGAGACGAGAGCUCCUUGUCAUUGUACAUGGUAAAACUAAGCAUUCAAAAUGCACAGCAAGACAGUGAGAAUAAGCCAGGUGUGUCUGAAAAGAACAGGAAGGCACAGAGAAGGGAUACUGCCACGAGCCAAGAUGGGGACAUUGAGUCGGGAGAGGAGCUAAGUUCUUUCGUCCCAAAUGACUCCAGGAAGCAACAGCGUCAGCGGAAGAAAAAUAAAGACGCAAGCAAGGAAAACGUCUCGAAGGACAUUAGUCAUUGUGUUGAAAACACCCAAGAUAAAGCCAAUUUAAACCAACUGGAACAGGAGGACGCGAAAAAGACAAAGAACAAUAAUCUGCCCAAGCUGCAAGAGGGGAAGCCAAUAGCUCUAAUUACUAAAUGUUCAGGUGACAGUCACAAUUUCAGGUCACCUCAUGAUUUAAAGAAACUACAAAAACCCACAGACAAGAAUAAGAACAAUGGGGGUAGAGGCUCAAGGAAACAAGUGUUUGAGCCCUAUAUGACCUCUGAAGAUGUUUCUCGUGGCCUUAAAAGAGGAGAACUUAUUCAGGGACAGUUACGAAUAAACCCCAAGAAGUACCAUGAUGCUUUCAUCCCAUCUCCUGAUGACACACGAGAUAUAUUUUUGGAUGGCAUAAUUGCUCGUAACAGGGCAUUAAAUGGUGACAUAGUGGUGGUGCAGCUCUUACCGCGGGAACAAUGGAAGGUUGUGAGAUCGGACACUGACUGCGAGGGAGUCGGCGAGGCAGAAGCCCAGAAGGGAAACCUGAUCCAAAAGAACAUUGCGCAAGCACAGCAUACGUCUGUGGAAGAUCAGCGUCAGUUUGCAAGCAAAGACCAUCUGGAAAACACCUCAACAUCACAGUCCAAUAGUGACGUACUUCAAAUGACUGCAAAAGUGGUGUACAUUGUUGAGAAGAAGCACUCGAGGGCUGUGACAGGCUCCCUGAAAUUUCUACCUGACAAACCUUUUGCCAUGUUCUCCCCCGUGGACCACCGCGUGCCAAGGAUUAAUGUCCCGCUGUCUGAUUGUCCAGACGAUUUUAUUUCCCGCCCCGAUGAUUACGCCAACACACUUUUCAUCUGCCGCAUCACCAACUGUCCUGCUGACAGCAACUUUGCAGACGGUCGACUGGCAAAGACGUUGGGCCAGGCUGGGGAAAUUGAGCCAGAAACGGAGGGCAUUCUGACCGAGUAUGAUGUAGAUUUUUCAGACUUCUCAGAUAACGUGCUCGAAUGCUUGCCCAAGAAUGUGCCUUGGAACAUCCCGCCUGAAGAGAUGGCCAAGAGAAAAGACUUAAGGAAGGAGUGCAUCUUCACAAUUGACCCAGCGACCGCCAGAGAUCUGGACGAUGCCUUGUCCUGUAAACCGCUUCCAGAUGGGAACUUUGAGGUGGGGGUCCACAUUGCUGAUGUCAGUUAUUUUGUGGAGGAGGGCAACGCGUUGGAUAAAAUUGCUAGCCGGCGAGCCACAAGUGUGUACCUUGUCCAGAAAGUCAUCCCGAUGUUGCCACGACUGCUUUGUGAGGAGCUAUGUAGCUUGAAUCCACUGGCUGACAGGCUUACCUUCUCCGUCAUUUGGAAAAUCACACCUGAAGGAAAGAUUCUCAGCGAGUGGUUUGGCCGUUCCGUGAUCCGCUCGUGCGUCAAGUUGAGUUAUGAUCAUGCUCAGAGUAUGAUCGAGGCCCCCGAGAAGACGUUUGCUGCUGAAGAACUGCCCCCGGUGGACCCCGAGCACCGCAUUGACAUGAUCCACCAAGCUGUGAUCAACCUGCAUUCUAUUGCCAAGAACCUCAGAGCUCAGCGUUUCUCCGGAGGAGCUCUCCGACUGGACCAGCUGAAACUCUCUUUCUCGUUGGAUAAAGAGACCAUGAUGCCCCAAGGCUGCUACAUUUACCAGUACAGAGAUAGUAACAAGUUGGUUGAAGAGUUCAUGCUGCUGGCUAACAUUGCCACAGCCCACCAUAUUUACAAAUGCUUCCCUGAGCUAGCAUUGCUCCGACGCCACCCUCCACCCAAAGCUAAGAUGGUGGAUGAGCUCCAAGAGCUGUGCGACCAGCUCGGCAUCGACAUCGACCUUUCUUCCGCUGGCGCGUUGAACAAGAGCCUACUUUCCUUUCUUGGUAAUGAUGAAUAUUCCAUUGCCCGGAAAGAAGUUCUCACCCACAUGUGCUCCAGACCUAUGCAGAUGGCGUUAUACUUCUGUUCGGGGAUGCUCCAAGAGGAAAAGCUUUUUAAGCAUUACGCCUUGAAUGUUCCUCUUUACACUCACUUUACCUCACCCAUCAGGCGCUACGCUGACAUCCUCGUGCACAGACUGCUGGCAUCUUCACUCAACUGUGGUCCCAAGUUAGCAGUCUCCACAGAAGAAGUCCACAAACAGGCUUCACACUGCAAUGAGAAGAAGACGGCAUCCAAAAGAGUGCAAGAGUUGAGCUCUGAGCUCUUCUUUGGAGUUUUCGUCAAGGACUGUGGCCCCCUGGAUUCUGAGGCUAUGGUGAUGGCCGUUUUGGAUCAGUCCUUCGACGUGCUGGUUCUGCGCUACGGAGUGCAGAAACGCAUCUACUGCAAGUCUGUCACCGGUUUGGCCUCAUUCCACCAUCGCAAGGUCGGGAAGAAAUCUGAGUUGACUCUCCUGUGGACAGCAGACGACCCACAGGAGCCUCCCUUUGAGCAGGUCAUUUCCAUCUUCACACGAGUGGAGGUGCAGCUCAAGGCAGACGGCGUGGCCACGAAAUGCUGCGCAUUGCUCAAGAGGCCCAAUGCGAUUGCGCCAUAAAUGCUUGACACGUCAUGUAAGCAGUGUUAUUGUUUUACACAUCCCUUAGCUGCAAAACACUCAGAUAUGCAGUCUGACAUUGCGACGUAUCACUUUUGAUGCUUUGUGAACUCACUAAUUAAUCAUGGCAUGCCGGUGUCGUCAAUUGAGUCGACAAAAUCGAUUAUAGAGACUGUCAUGUCAUUUCAUUUAGUGCAAUAUAUAUUUCAUCCGGUCUUAAGCUACUGAACCUUCUUUAGGUAAAAUAUCAUUAGUUGUUGUGAGUUCAUACAGCCUAUGUUUUGAUGUAUUUGGCCCUUGUAGAUGGCUUGACGAACUUUAAUUGCUUUUACUAAGACAACUAAGACAAUACAACUGGUAUUUUUUAACUUGUAUUAUUUAUGUGGCUACUUCAUUUUAAGUAGUGAAACAUGUAUGUUUCUCAUAGUACAGAUUGUGAUGUCACAAUGGAAUAUGUUUCUUGAAAAUGGUUUUGGCAAGGCUGAGACUAAGCUCAUGUAUUGUAAUGAGAUGAAUAAUUUAUUCGCUCUUUUUUUAUUAUAAGAUUUGGGAGAAACUUGAAUAUAAAUUGCUGCUGAACAUGACUUAGCUUAGCCGAACUUAGCUAACAGCGAAGUAUUUUGAUUUGUUUUGGGGUUGUUGUUUUUUUAAAUGUGGAGACUUUUAAAAAUGUUGAGAUUUUACUUUUGAAUAAGCCCCUGUCAUGCUUCAUAAGUACCGUACCUCAAUAUAGCGCAUGUUGAAUUUCAUCGAACUGUUGAUUUGAAACAGUGAUUCUUGUUUGUUUCCAGUUCAUGCCGUGUGCAAUGUUUUUGUUUUGCUUCAGCCUGAGCUUUAAAUGUGUUUUUGAGGUCCCAUGCCAUCGAAAUCAGAACGUUUUCACUGUUUUACGCAUUGGAAGUGUCACAGUGACUCUGUUACAUGGUUGGAGUUGAACAUCUAUGCGGCUUGCUAAUUGUUUGCAAUAGAUGAUAAAAGGUGAAAGCAUUUCAUGUCAGCGCUAUUCAUUCGUCAACUCGACUGUAUUUAUAGAACACUUUCAAACAACCACCGCUGUAUACAAAGUGCUGUACAUGGAGCAAAAAUAAUUCAUUAAAAAAAUCAAACAAACAUUAUAUGAAUAACAAAGACCGUAGAAAGCACAAAACAGUCAAACUAAACCUCUUGUCUCGUGCUGAGUCAUGAGCAGCAGCAUUCUGGACCAACUGGAGACGCUUAAUGGAGGAUAGGCUGACUCCAAAGUAAAAGGUUCCAAGAAUGAAUGGGCGGAUGACCUUCUGGACCAAAGUUCCAACAGAUUUUGUUGCCGUCUUUGAUCAUCAGAAUUCACAGCGCUGCUGUGGCCACGCCCUUUGCUGAAACGUGAAAUUUCGAGCAUGAUUCAACUGGAUCUGGCCAGUGCACUUGGUGGCAGAACGAUAAAAUGUAAAAGGUAUUUCUUGUCACCACUCGGUGGUGCUAUGUGGCAAACAAAAUACUGUAACACAGGCGUCUUCAAGUCAUAACUUGUUACGUGGGAAUUUUGAGGAGCAUGUAGAAGGGAGUUAUUAAACAAUAACAGGCUUAACAAUGUGGCAUGGGACUUUUAAGUUCAAGAAAAAAAAUGAUUUACUUGACAUAUAACCGAAUUCUGUAGAAUUUUUUAUGAUCUGUUUCAUAAUGAGCAAAUUUAAACAGCUUUUUUUUGUUGCAGUGUCACUGCCAUGUGUGACUUUAUUUUUGCCAGUGUUCAAAGUGCAGUUGUGUUCCUCCUAAGUGCUUGGCUCUUUUCCCAGGAGCCAUUUUUACACCUGUAUUGGAUUGAUUGUAAAUAUGACAUAAAGCAGCAAUAAAGAAAGCUGCACACGGAAAGACUGAUCGUUGAUCUUUUGGAGAAAUAAAAAUACUUGGAAAUGCAUUGUCCGUAUCGCUUUACAAAGAGAGAGCGCAUUCUCGUUUUGAUAACUUGAGUGCCGACGGUUGACGAUCACGUGUGGUGAAAUGCUACACGAGAUGAUUUCCACAUCUGAGAUGUUUGAGACUAGACAUGGAAGAAGUCUCAAAUAUUACAUCGUGAAAAUGGGUGAUGCUGAUAAAAGGGUGUGUCAAAGUUGUUUGACUUGGAAGUACAAUAGUUGAAGUGUGUAUAAAGUUAUUCAACCGCAUUAUUUUAGUUUUUAAUGAACCCUCUUGCCUGCCCACCAAUUGCUAUCCCAACUGAAUUUUGCAGGUGUUCGCUUCACACUUACAGUACAAUACAGCAUUAUUUGUAUCCAGGAUAGUGCUUUUUCGACAGCGGCAGCUUAUAAUUUUUUAUUUUCAACAAACGCCAAUGUGUUUAUCUGUGGCAUGUCGACCAGGUGCACCCCACAAACGUUACACAAGAUACACUUUGCAUUCUAGCGUCAUAAUAAACAUACGCGGGUCAAAUAUCCAAUUUUUGUAGCCCACGUCAACAUGAUCCAGCGAGGUAUAUUGUCACCACACCGACUGUAAGCGCUCCAGACAUUGACCAUUCAUCUUUUGGUUUGCCAACAACCAUUGGCCCAGUAGCGCGAGGAACGGAAUUGCUUUUAUUUGAUGUUUAUUUUGCGUCAAUUUAAAUCUGGUUGCCUUGACUGUGUCCGUGCUGAUAACAGUAGCGGCGUCACCACUUGGAAAAAUACACCCCGGCAACCUAUGCUUGAUUGACGGUUACGUCAGCAUGUACUUAAGAGUGUGAAGUAUACUUUCAACCGAGUACAGUAAAGCAAACUUAACAUAAAUCUCUCGCGUUUACCAAACAGAUAAUGAGCUCACUGAUAAAGCACCACAUGGAUGCUCCCCGAAGAGAGCAAUGAUUCCCUCUCUGUUGAUUUGUUUUAUCUCCUAUUUACAUCUUUAUUGCCUAGACAAUCUGAGAGAUUCCUGAUGGGCACGCCUCGUAGACCCCACCAGGGUCCAAAGUCUGCAUAUAAAUUCACCAACACACUCCGUUUGAACCCAGUAAAUUCACAAUGCCCACAAGGAGCUUUCAAUAAAAGCCACAUUUACACCCACUUGCAUGUCAUGAUGCCAACUGGGUUUGUACAAUUGACUCAAAGUUUGAGCUGAGCCAAUAAACACAAGCAGUUAUUUGAAUCUUUUAGCGCGUCAUCGCGAUACGGUAUUUCAGUCGAUGUCAUUGUAUCGAGAUCACCAAAUGGACGUGACCUCUCUUGUAAGCCUCUUAUUAUAAAAUGCGUGACACGAUCAAUCUAAUGUAACUGGCCACCUUCUACCCUACUUCCUUCUGGGCCUGUCGGUACAAAGUCAAAGUGUCAUAAAGUUUAUUUGCCCCGGGAGUUUCCUCGCGCUCCACAGUGGGACGGUGUGAACAUAGAGAGCAGCUCUCAACAGGAGACUAAACGAAGGGAUUUCACAAAGAAGACCGAUACAAGAAUUGAAAAGGUACCCCGCCGGUUACAUUUGUUUUGUCAGUGUGAGAAGAUUGAACAGAACUGCUGAUCAAGUGUACUGCGAACUGUUGGCUCGAUUUAACUGAUGUAUACAUUUUGGGUUCGAGGUUUGCUCGCCAAAUGAAACUGGUUGAUUAUUAUCCCGCUUGUUCUGUAUUUUGGAUGCUAGGAACACUGCAAAUCGGUGAUGCUGAGAAAGGUAAGGCCGGAAAACCCGACGCUUUAUGGUUAUCCAAGAAUUGCUGUAGAUGACAACAACAACAACAAAAAGAAA